AGAAGAUGGCCAUCUCUUCUUUACAAAACCUUUAUAAUUAUAGUACUUCUUUCAUCAAAUUUAUAUCUUCUGUAUUCUGAUAGAUCCUUCUGAGAAUACAAAAAAACGGAUAAAACAUGGAAGAAGAAGACGAUGUUAUGGUGAAAGAGGGGCUAAUGGCUUCUCAAAGAGAGAUCUUCAGCAUUUCUGGUCCAAUCCAUUUAACUUCCAUUGAUUGGAAUAAUUCUUACCAUAGAACCUCGGUGGCAUCAUGUUUGGUACAAGCAGUGUACACAUUGGAACGAGACAGACAACAAAACAGGAUUGGUCUAAAGUCACAAGCCAACCACUGGUGGGAAUUUUUCAACUUCACUUUAGCCGAAACCCUAAUCGACGACUCAGAUGGAUCCAUAUACGGUGCCGUGUUCGAAUACAAACACUUCUUCUCUUACAAUUACCAUAACACCCAUCAUUCGAAACCGCCUCCUCGUCACGUGAUCGCGUUCCGUGGCACGAUCAUGAAACGGCACUCUCGGUCACGCGACCUUAAGCUCGACCUACGCUGCGUCCGCGACUGCCUCCAAGACAGCACUAGGUUCGUGCAUGCGAUUCAAGUGAUUCAAAGUGCGGUAGCUAAAACUGGUAAUGCAGCCGUGUGGCUAGCCGGACAUUCUCUUGGAGGAGCCGUGGCGUUGCUUGCCGGGAAGAUCAUGACUAGGUCUGGUUUCCCUCUUGAGAGUUACUUAUUUAAUCCUCCGUUCUCGUCGAUUCCGAUUGAGAAACUGGUGAAGAGUGAGAAGCUUAAAAAUGGAGUACGAUUCGCCGGAAGUCUUGUCAAAGCCGGAGUAGCAAUCGCCGUCAAAGGUCGCCACCAUAACAGGGGUCAAGAAGAUGAUUCGUUUAUGAAGUUAGCAUCAUGGAUACCAUAUUUGUAUGUGAACCCGUCAGAUCCAAUAUGCUCAGAAUACAUUGGUUAUUUCAAGCAUAGAAACAAAAUGUUUGAGAUAGGAGCCGGUAAAAUCGAAAGAAUUGCUACGAGGAACUCACUUAGGAGUCUGUUGUCAGGCGGAGGAGGAGGAGGAGGUUCAUCUUCGGAUUCUUGUUCAUCAGAGCCUCUUCAUCUUUUACCAUCGGCGUAUAUGACUAUAAACACUAGCCACUCGCCUAAUUUUAAGAGAGCUCAUGGGAUUCAUCAAUGGUGGGAUCCUAUGUUUAAUGGUGAAUAUGUUUUGCAUCAAUUUUAAUCACUGACUUCUACAAAUGCUUUUGUAACCAGAGUCAGAACUAUAUACAAUUAUUUAAUAGUUUGCAUGUUUGUCGAA